AUGACAGAAACCGGUUUACUCACAAUCUCUGACACCUGGACCCCCGCCGCCGAAAGGGCUCUCCGGGAGAUCUUUGCUCGUUUCGACGUGGAUAAAGACGGAGCUUUGUCACCGGCGGAGGUUGAUGACUUUGCGGUAGCGACAAACGGAGAGAAGUUUUCCGAAGAUACCCACUCCGAGUUAACGACAUACUUCGAGUGCACUGACGAUGGAAAAUUGACGUUAGAGGGUUUUAUGGACAUGUAUCACUUGCAAACACUCUCUGACGAGGCCGAGACUUGGAAAGAUUUGAGGAAAUUGGGAUAUGACGAUCAACUCAUUCGAGCAGAGCAGUGA